GGGCCGGCAGCUGACGCCAUCACCCCGGCACCUGCCAACAUGGAAGGUGGUGACGGCGGCGUCGCUGUGGCUGGCCAAGGGGUUCUGAGCUCUGGGGCGGCGGCAGCGACAGUCCGGGAGCUUUUGCAGGACGAGUGUUACAGUGAUUUUUUAAAUGAAGACUUUGAUGUGAAGACUUAUACUUCCCAGUCUAUUCAUCAAGCUGUAAUUGCUGAACAACUAGCAAAACUUGCCCAAGGAAUCAGUCAGUUGGAUAAAGAACUACACUUACAGGUUGUUGCAAGACAUGAAGAUUUAUUAGCACAAGCAACUGGGAUUGAGUCUUUGGAAGGCGUUCUUCAGAUGAUGCAGACAAGAAUUGGCGCUUUACAGGGAGCUGUUGAUAGGAUGAAAGCAAAAAUUGUGGAGCCGUACAAUAAAAUAGUAGCCCGCACUGCACAACUUGCAAGACUUCAGGUUGCCUGUGAUUUGCUUCGGAGAAUAGUUCGCAUCCUGUAUCUCACUAAGAGACUCCAAGGACAACUGCAAGGAGGAAGCAGAGAGAUAACAAAAGCUGCUCAGAGUCUUAAUGAACUUGAUUACCUUUCUCAAGGAAUCGAUCUUUCUGGAAUAGAAGUAAUAGAAAAUGAUCUACUUUUUAUUGCAAGAGCUCGACUUGAAGUGGAAAAUCAAGCUAAGCGCCUACUGGAACAGGGUGUGGAGACCCAGAAUCCAACUCAAGUUGGAACAGCUCUUCAGGUUUUCCAUAAUCUUGGAACUUUGAAGGAAACUAUUACCAGCGUUGUGGAUGGAUAUUGUGCUUCUUUAGAAGAACAUAUCAACAGUGCAUUAGACAUCAAAGUUCUGACUCAGCCUUCGCAGUCAGCUGUGAGAGGGGGACCGGGACGCUCAACUAUGCCAACCCCAGGAAACACUGCAGCUUUUCGUGCUUCUCUCUGGACUAAUAUGGAGAAACUUGUGGAUCAUAUUUGUACUGUUUGUGGACAGGUACAACAUCUACAAAAAAUAUUAGCCAAGAAGAGAGAUCCUGUUUCUCAUAUUUGGUUCAUUGAAGAAGUAGUUAAGGAUGGACAAUCUGAAAUUUUGUACACUUUUUGGAAUUCAGUUACUCAAGCACUUUCUUCUCAGUUUCGCGUGGCAACAGAUUCGUCCAUGUUUUUGAAACAGGCAUUUGAAGGAGAAUACCCUAAAUUGUUACGUCUUUAUAAUGACUUAUGGAAGCGUCUCCAACAAUACAGCCAAAAUAUUCAAGGAAAGUUUAAUGCAGGUGGAACUGCAGACGUCUGCGUUGACCUACAACACAUUGGAGAUGAUGCACAAGACAUAUUCAUAGCAAAGAAGCCAAAUUAUGACCCUGAAAAAGCUUUGAAAGACUCACUGCAACCCUAUGAAGCUGCUUAUUUAUCAAAAUCUUUAUCUCGACUCUUUGAUCCUAUCAACUUGGUUUUUCCCCCUGGUGGUCGCAAUCCUCCUUCUGCAGAUGAACUUGAAGGUAUCAUUAAAACUAUAGCAAGUGAACUAAAUGUAGCUGCUGUAGACGCAGACCUCACAAUAGCUGUGUCUAAAAACGUGGCAAAGACCAUCCAGUUAUACGGUGUAAAAUCGGAGCAGCUUCUGUCCACACAAGGAGAUGCAAGUCAGGUGAUUGGGCCUCUUACAGAAGGGCAGAGAAGAAAUGUGGCAGUAGUGAAUUCACUAUAUAAGUUACACCAAUCAGUAACAAAGGUGGUUUCCAGUCAGAGCUCAUUCCCACCAGCAGCCGAACAAACUAUAAUCUCAGCCCUAAAGACGAUCCAUGUUCUUAUGGGAAGUGCUGUGCACCCCUUACUGACUUCCGUGGGAGAUGCUAUAGAGGCCAUAAUCAUCACCAUGCAUCAGGAAGAUUUUUCUGGGUCAUUAUCCAGCUCAGGAAAGCCUGAUGUUCCUUGUUCUCUGUACAUGAAGGAGCUUCAAGGUUUCAUUGCUAGAGUUAUGAGUGACUACUUUAACCACUUUGAAUGCUUGGAUUUUGUCUUUGACAACACGGAAGCUAUUGCCCAAAGAGCAAUUGAACUUUUUAUUCGCAAUGCCAGUCUCAUAAGACUUCUUGGCGAAGGUGGGAAGGUACGACUUGCGGCUGAUUUUGCUCAGAUGGAGUUGGCUGUGAGUCCAUUCUGCAGAAGAGUAUCUGAUUUAGGAAAGUCCUAUCGGAUGCUGAGGUCAUUCAGACCCCUGAUCUUCCAGAAGAAUGAACAUGUGGCCACUAGUCCUGCAUUGGGGGAUGUUAUUCCAUUCAGCAUCAUUAUUCAGUUUUUGUUCACCAGAGCACCCCCUGAGCUGAAAUCCCCUUUUCAGAGGGCAGAAUGGUCCCAUGCACGCUUCUCCCAGUGGCUGGAUGACCAUCCAUCUGAAAAGGACAGGCUCCUCCUUAUCAGAAUUGUCUUCUGUCCGCUCUUCAAAUGGCAUCAUCUCCCCCAACUUGUGCCUGGCUCUUUUUCUUUCACAUUCCGUGUGUGCUUUGGUCCCCAGGUGAGCUCACCUAGACCCCGAGUCUAGUGAUCUCCUCUGUCCUCAUGGCUCCCAGGCUUGUGACUCACCUUGAUUGUCUGGGACCUCAGGCCAGCAGCCUGGCCGUCAUGUCACUCACAGUCCCACACAGUUCUCAAGCCCAAAGUGUUAAAAAUAAAUCCUCUUCUCAAAUCUGCUCAUUUCUCCCAGACUCUCCGUCUCGGUCGGGGUGUCACCAUUACCUACUGGCCACUCUAGAAAACCUUUGCAACAUCAUUCAGCUCCUCUGUCACCCUCAUUCUCCGAAUCUCAGUCAGUCGUACUUUUUAAAUAGCUCUGGAAACAUUCUCCUCUCUCCUGGGGCGUCCUAACACCGCCAGUCUGGGGACCACCACACCGAGCAAGCUUGAGCCUCAGUGCAGAGUAAGGAGCCGGGUUCCCCAGAGCCAGAGUGGGGCUAAUGCGGUAAGGUGGUUCUCAACCACACUCUCGUGGCAGAUCCCUUUACAGAGUACUGGAAAAGCCUGGUGACCAGGCCACACCCUCAGCUACCUCCAAAUCUGCAGGGCUGGGACCUGGGAAAGGCAGUUCCACAGCACAGCUGACGCUGGGACCCACCGUCCUGGUGAGAGACCCUGCCAGGCAGGCAGCUGUGAGGGGCUGAUGAGAAACAUGAGCCCCUUGGAUUCUGGGAGGGGCAUUGGGAGCUCAGAGCCAGGGGCAGGGAGCCCCUGACCCUCCAGAGCCUAUGUGAAUAAGGAGCAGAUUAUCCUCGGCCCCCGCUCUUCUUCCUUGCUCGUCUGUGACUCUCCUCACCCGUGAGGAUGCCACAUGAGUCUCCCGUGGGUUCCUGUGGCCCGUCAGAGCUGCCCUCGGUCGGGACUCUAGAGUGGAGGAGACUUGGCCUGGGCCUAACUCAGAUUUGAUGCAUCUUUGUGGAUUUUAACCCCCGAGUCUCAAAGACUUGCUCAGCCGUGGCACACAGGGUAACAGAGGAUCCAGGAUUCAGUUAAUUGAACAGGGCCCAUUUUUGUCUUCUUAGCAAGUUGGAAUGAGUUCAUCCAUGACAGUUGUCCUGCUGUGGGUACAUCACAAAUCUGUUUUGUUUUGCUUCUCUUUAAAAUGUCUCCUGAGUGAUUUCAUCGGUAGUGCUGUUGCUAAGCCUAUAUUUAGCAACUGAAAAUCAUGCUCAGAAAUACUGUCAUGCUUUUUAAAUAAGGCCCAUCCAUCACUCUGCACAUGUCUGAUAUCAGAACCUUCAAGCCCCAGGCAGAAAACCGAGCCCUCCUUGGGGGAUUCCAAAACACCAUGCUCCUGCUACAGUCCAGGCUGCUGGCAAGGAGGGAAGCUUUGUCCUAGAGAAUGUUCUCUCUUAUCUGUUACUGCAAAACUAAUUUUGUGCCUGCAUACUGAAGCACCACUGGGUGAACUCCUUUCCCCUUUGGAUAAACCCAGGGUGAGUAUUGCUCUUUAAGUGUCAGUAGAUUCGUUCUGACUUUUGGGGCAGACCUUGCCGCGUGCCCCUGCACUCCCCCUGGCACACUGUGUUAAGUUGUCAUAAAUAGGCCAAGUCGAGGAGAGUUACUGCUGCUCAGUAAGUGGCAAAUAAUGAACUCUCUUCCGCCUUCCUUUCUGCUUCCUUUUGACACCAGAGCUUUCUCUAGAGCAUGAGUGGAUAUUGGUCACAUUCAUUUUAAAAUCAGACUAAUCACUGACUCCUGGGGCCAAGUGGUGUAAGCGGGAGAAAACUGUUCGUCCUCUGCCCCCACCAGGCAGGUGCCGCGGACAUGUGUGCCCCCAGGGACACAGGUGACAGCCGCGGGGGAGCGCCUGUGGCUCUGUGGGUGUUGAGUGAGGACUGGCUCCUCAGUGCUGCAGAACUCUGGAUUCCUGCA